AUGGCAUCUUUAGUAGACACGCCCGCGGCAACUCUCUUCACGUCGCUACCGGCUCGCCCUCCUACGCCACCCCGAGAAACCAAUCACGCUCGUGACGCGGCAACCGGACCUUCGACUAGACCUCAGCCCUGCGAUCAUCGCCUCAACCUUCACACGCCUCCCAAUGCCGGCUCUGCGGCGUCGGCCGCUGCACAAUCCAACACUGGCUCUACGCGAACAAGGAAAAGAGUCGAAUGGUCUUCCCAUACGCAGUACAAGGAGCCUGCCGACUACAGCGACGCUUCCCGGCCACCCAAACCAUCCCCGACCGCUUCUGCAACUCCUUCCUCCGCAUCGAGACCGAUCAAGGGCAUUCUCAAGCCAUCCUCCUCAUCUAGCCCGCUUAUUACAUCCCUGAACGGGGACGGCAACGGAGACGCGUCGCAAGGAAACAUGAUCGACAUGCUGGACUCGACAAUCAAGCAGCUCGCUGGCUCCGACCGCGACUCUAAGCUCGAUGCAUACAUGGUACUAGCCCGUGUUCUCAAGGCAUCCAACAACCUGCCCGAUCGUGUUGCUCUUCAGGAAAAGAUGAGCCUGUUCAUGCAGUUUAUCCAGCGCGACAUUACUGUCAAGAAUGGCAACGCAACACCCGAUACUUCUCUAAUCAACCACGCUCUCACCCUUGUCGCUACCUUCCUACAUUUUCCCGCCAUUGCCUCGACAUUAACCUCAGACUUUGGCAUCUUCAUUAUUGACCACGCCAUUCGUUCAUUCGAAGAUGCCUCGAAACUGAAAAAGGACGUCGUACGCCAUCUGAUGCAGGUGGUAGCUUUGCAAACCUUCCCGCCCAAGGUCAUGACUUCUGAUCGUGUUGGACGCUUAGUCGCCUCUCUACACAUGAUCGAAACCCAUGUUACCGGCAAGAGCAUCAUAAUGAGCAGAAUUCAGAUCUACAGACGUCUCAUAAAACAAGCGCCAAAGCACAUGACUAUAUACUCUGACUGGCUGCAGGACAUGUUCACAGACAUGCUAAGCAGCAUCAAAGAGAUUAGAUCACAGGCAAUUGGCCUUGGCAACGAAGCUGGCUUCAGCUUGCGAUCCGAAAAGCCAUUGACGCGGAGAGCGACCGAAAUUAUGCAAGCGACCAGCGAAGGCGAGGCGUACAUGUCCUUCUACAUCUCGCGGCUAAACGAGAUGAUCAAAGACAGGCAGACGUCAUCUGCUGUUCCGCAAAUAUGGAGCGUUGUCAUUUUAUUUCUCAAAUGCCCCCUUGAGCGAUGGCAGUAUUACGCACCAUGGUUGACCCUUGUUCAGUUGGCAUUCAACAUGACUGAUAGCUUAACAAAACAAGAAGCCAACUACGCGUGGAACAGAUACGUAUAUCUAUCUCUGACCGAGAACAAGCUUUCUCCCAAAGUGCUAGCGACACUUUGCCAGCCUUUAAUGAGUCAGCUUCGACGAAAAUCAUCGCCAAAGCAGUUGGAAGAAGCCUCGAAGCUGAAGCGCACUGUUCUUGGUGGCGUCUGCAGCCUUUACUAUUACACGUUUGCACCAGGAAAUCAAACAUACUCCGCCGAUACAGUAUGGGACAUUACUGUGCAGCCCAUCAUGAGCUUGCUCCUCAGUCUCGACGACAGUCCUGAGAUUCCUGGUGACUGCGUGAUGCAAGCCUCGCAUAUACUUGUCGGCUUACUAGAUGUUGCAACACCCCGGGUCUGGAGACAUGAUCGAAUAAUGGACCUCCCUCCUGUCAAAGCCGACGAAUUGCCGCCCAUUGAUUCGAAAUGGGUCCGAAAGAAUUGUGAGAAAGUUCUGCAACCUGUGAGCGCGAUCCUCGAAAAGAAGUUCCUCGACUUGGCCAACAAAGAGAGCUUGGCAUAUCGACUUUGGCACGUACUUGUUGGCUCCAUCGCCUCGGCCUCAGCCAAGGAUAUCAAGGUAUCGGAGGACACCGCCAAGUUCAUUGCCUGCACAUUCAGCUUCAUCGCGAAAGUCUGGUCCACUGGUGUGACUUCGGCUGAUGAGACAAAUACCGCGAAAUUCUUUACAGCCAUGGGAAACUUCAUUGCGGUUCUCGUACAGGGUCUAAGAGUGCUACCUUUUAUGGAAAAGAAGCUGUCAAUGACGUCGAACAAGUUCGAACCCAUCUUGACACCCUCUCGCCACAACGAUCAACCAGAAAGCACGCAAGGAGUUUCCCGUAUCCCCGUUUUGCAUCUUUUGCACAUGUUUGCCUCACUACCACCCGGCGCGAAGGAUGAUGAAGCCUUUAGCACAUUCUUCUCGGCGGUUUCUGAGCCAUUCUUCAAAGAUCGACCCCGCAAAAAUCGUCUCGAGCUCGCUAGAGAACUGCUGCACCAGCUUCCUCGAAACUCUACGACCCCAUUCGCACCUUGGCUACUGGCCUCGCAGAGUCUGAGCCUACUUCUCGGUGACUCGUCCGACAUUCCCGCUCCCACCAGCUCUAGCAGUGAGCAGCUUCUCGGCCCCGUUUAUCGAGAAUUUGUUUCUCUCUUGGACAGAGGACUCAUGCUGCAUCCUAACUUGCCAUUAUUGCAAUGGUCAUCAGUAUUUACCAAAGUUUGCGAACAUGCUAGAUGUCAAGCUGGCGAUGCCGGGCUUGCGUUGGCAGUCGUCGAACCAUUGGCAAAAGCCCUCGCGGACUCUGUUCUUCCGAACGCAAAUGCGAUUCAACUGCAACAACUCACGAUGGCUAUCCAAGCCUCGUCGGCUCUUUUCGAAGUAGCCUAUAUACCACGAGACGCACACGCUGUGGAGGCUGCUCGUCGGAGACUGUGGGGGACCGCUCUAACAACGGCGAAGGGUAACUCGGCUGAUCCGUAUGGCCAUCUCUACAAGCUAGGGAACAGCUGCCUUAGCUCUCUUUACUCAGGAAACAAAGAUACUGUGCGGAAUGAGGAUAUCAUUCUGUUUCUCCAGUCCGUUGCCGGAUUUCUGGGCCGGUCAGGUGCCCAUGGGCUCAAGCUAUUAAACAAGUUACAGUCUGGCAUCUGCGUUUGGAUUCUGGAUGAGGACUUGCGCCUUGCUGGCGAAGGUAGCGAAUCUGUCUGCAAAGCCGUUGAAACCCUCUGGGAUCAAUCUUGCGCCAUUCUUACUAGGAAUGGUUCCUUAAGUAAGGCGCAAUUUGACGAUGCUGAGGUACUCUUCACAACAGCUUUCAAAAGCAAACAAAAAUGCAUCGUCAAGAAGGCCGCCGAUACCUGGAACAUUGUCGUUAAGGAUGAGGAAAGCGUUGAUUGCUCCGAGAGCCUCAAGUCUGUUGUGUCUUCGCUGCGCUUAAAACUGGAUAUCGUGCUGCCCGGUUCUGAAGCUGACGGGUUCGGCGCUCAAUCUGGUCGUGGUAGAGAUGACAUUAGUUUUGUUGCUCUCUCCUCGAUGUCGUCUCAUCAAGAUGGACAGCAAGAGCCGAAUAGCACAGCAGAAUCUGCGACACCGUCUCUGCAAGGCCGAGCUUCUACAAAGCGCAAUGCUGAACUCCCACCCGAGCAUGCCCGCAGCAAGCGAUCAAAGCCGUCGGCCACGCCAAAGCGCCUGCGACACGACAACUCUCAAAUCACAUUUGCCCCCAUUGUAUCAUCACCUGUGGUGGAGGAAUCGCAGCAUCUUACUGAAAGACAGAAGGAGGUUCGUGAACGCCAGCGCGGGGAACACGACAUCUAUUCCGAACAGCGGAAGCCCUCUACCAGCGCCUCAGGCGGUGAGAAGGAAGCCAGUACGGCUAAAGCUUCGGCAAGAUCGAAGCAAAAGGGCACUCCGCAAAGGGAGGCGAAGUAUGGCAAGCAUAUCACCUCCACACCCACACCAAGACGUGGCCAGGUCCUUCAACUGGACGACUUGAACGAUCCGCCAUCCUCGCCGCCACUGCCCCGGCCAUGCCCUCUACUUUCAGAGCUGAAGCCUCGAUCAAGGGCGGGAAAUGCGCUGGAAAACUGGGAGUUCUCAUCGCCACCUGGAUCUCCAGUCAUUAACCAAACUGGGAGCACGGAGGCUGAGAACGCUGAACCAACUGCACUGUCCGAGCUACAACAACCAGCUGCUGGCAUGGUUACUAGAAGUCGCCACCGCAGAAGUCAUGGACCGGAUGAGCCAGUCAAGAUAAUUCCAUCCAGCCUUGACAUGGAGAAGGUCAAUGACGAUGCUCAGCCUCAGGCCAAAGAGCGCAAGAAAUCCAUACCUCGGAAAACAAGGUCACGGACUUCAAUAGAUCCGGCUGCACAGCCCCCGAGAGAACCGGCUGUUGAGGCUUUGGAGGUGGAGCAAGCUCAGAAGGAAGCAAAAGUCGUGGAAGCGGCCAGCUCGAAAGGGGCUGCUGAGGUUGGUAAAACAUCCCGAAGACGCAAAUCGUUGCGCGGUAAGGCUGCAGCAGCAGAACAACCCAGGGAUAGUGAAUUGCCAAUCUCUAUUCCUAGCUCAGCACCUGAGGACACCGGUGUCGCACCUUCUUCCUCUGUUCUGCCUUUUACCCCUGCCGGUAAGGUGGAAAUUGGCAAGGCUGGCGGGUCAGAAAAAGGUAAACGAAAGCGAUCUGGGCUUUCCAGCGUCGGCAACACGCCUAAAAAGCGUUGUUCUCAAGAGCGAGAGCCCGAACCCGUGACCGAGUCAACGCAUGGGGCGACAGUCCGAGAGCGGGACGUGCCGACUGCUGAAGAUGACUCGGAAGAGUCCCAAUCUCUUCCGGAGCUUAAACGCACGGAGGACACUAUAGCAAAGGAUGCUAAGAGCCCUGGGCUACAGAAUCAGCGUGCUGAGAAACGAAAUCGCUCCCGACGCAAAGGCAAACAGAAGCGCAACAGCACCGUGGCCAGACGCCAUAAGGAAAACGUGGACACGAAUGACAGCACUGUGGGCGGACGCCGUAAGGAAGGCGCAGACACGGAUGAAGAAGUCAUGUCGCAGCUCGUCACCGAGGCCAGGGCUGCGACUGCGAGCGAGGCCAAGGCGGAAGCUGACGAGGUGGAGGCCGCGUUGCCACAGGAGGUCCCGUCGGGGAACCCUGGCGAGGUGGAUGAGCCGGCCCCGGCAGAAGCGCCCAAACCGUCCUUCAUGGACACUCUCCGCCAGGGCCUCGACCAGCUCCGCAGCACGACGCUAUCCCGUGACGAGGUAUACAAGAUGGAGGAGAUGCUUAUGGACAUGAAGCGCGAGAUAUACGAGGCUGAAUUCCGCGGAAGGAAUAGGCAGUGA